UUUUCGACUGAAUUGUUUGUCUCUUUGGGUUUCAGACCUCAGACUUGAUAAACCCCAAAGAAAAAUCUCGUCACCUUGGCAACCGGGAAGGCCUCGUCAUAUCAUCAUGGCAGCCCACACCGUCAACAGUCCACCCCCGAGGUGCAGCGCGCUCCUUAAAGUCCGCGCGCAGUGGAGCGCAACCGGCAGCGCAUCGCGUGAGGACACGAGGGAAGAGCGGAGGAGCCACGGAGACGCCUGAGGAACUAAAACCAGGAUCAGAGGGCUGCUGCACAACACACGCGCACACGCACGCACGCACACACACACACACACACACACACGCGCGCGCAGGAGGCAAACUUCCAGGAUGUCGCUGUUGGGGCUGAUCGCUGUGUGCUGGUGCUGCUGCGCCGUGUCGGUCGGCGCAAACUUCACCCUGGGGAACGACUUGGGCUCGGCUUUCGUGCACCGAGCGCUGCGCAGUCAGGAGCGCCGCGAGGUGCAGAGAGAGAUCCUGUCCGUGCUCGGCUUGCCCCGGCGGCCGCGACCUCACUCUCCCGAGCGGCGCACGGCGGCGCCCAUCUACAUGCUGGAGCUGUACAACGCGGCGCUCGAACCCGCGGCUUCCGGUUUCUCCCGCGCUCCGGUUCUGCCUCCGGCUCCGGCACCGGUCCCGACACGCCGCGACCGGCGCUAUCUGAGCGACGCCGACAUGGUCAUGAGCUUCGUCAAUAUGGUUGAUCCUGAAGAAGACCCGCAUGUAUUCCAUCAGUUUCACCGAUUUGAUCUGUCCCGCAUCCCCGAAGGAGAAGCCGUGACCGCUGCCGAAUUCCGUGUCUACAAGGACUUCGUGCACGAGCAUCACGAGAACGAAACCUUUCACGUCAGUGUGUAUCAAGUGCUCCGGGAAUACCACGGCAGAGAUUCAGAUCUGUUUUUGCUGGACUCGCGAGUGAUUUGGGCUGCCGAAGAUGGCUGGCUGGUUUUUGAUCUCACAGCUACCAGUAACCACUGGAUUUUGCACCCGGGUCAGAACCUGGGCCUGUUGCUUGUCCUGGAAAAUGCAAAUGGUGACCGUGUGAACCCCAGGAUUGCAGGACUGGUGGGCAACCAGGGACCCCAGAACAAGCAGCCAUUCAUGGUGGCGUUCUUUAGAGCUACAGGCGUCCGUUUGCGGAGCAUCCGCUCAGCUAACAAACAGAGGAACCCGAACCGGCCGAAGUCUCCGAAAAACACGUCGCCUUCCAGUCAGGAGGCGCUGAGGCUGGCAGAGGCCGCAGAGAAUGUAAGUGUGGACCCAAAACAGGGUUGCAAGAAACAUGAAUUGUAUGUCAGCUUCAGAGAACUGGGAUGGCAGGACUGGAUUAUUGCCCCAGAAGGCUAUGCUGCGUACUACUGUGAGGGCGAAUGCGCCUUCCCUUUAAAUUCCUACAUGAACGCCACUAAUCACGCCAUCGUCCAGACGCUGGUUCACUUCAUAAACCCAGAUUCGGUCCCGAAGCCGUGCUGCGCCCCCACUCAGUUGCACGGCAUCUCCGUGCUGUAUUUCGAUGACAGCUCCAACGUCAUCCUGAAGAAAUAUCGCAACAUGGUGGUCCGAGCGUGCGGCUGCCACUGACAGACGCAGGCGACACACACUCACAGAAAAAGGAGGAGAUCGAAAUUGAGGCUAGCCGAGCCUUCAGGAGCCGGACGUUUAAUAGGACUCGUUACUGGAGGGAAAAAAACUGGACCACUGUGCUGUGCCUACGUGCUUCAAGUGUCUCACAAGUGCAGCCAAGUCGAGCGGUAGCUGCUUUCAUUAUGCCGUAAAAACGGAGAAUGGCAAAACGUCCAGUUCGUGAGCACACAAAGAGAUGUGUUAAAUUAGUAUUAGGCACACUUUUCGUCGCUCGAGUCACUGGAGACAGGGUCAGAAACAAAAUCGGUGUGAUGAACCGUUGGAAAUUCUUUUCAUAUUUGGCGUACAUGAAUCAAAGUGACGUAAAAAAAAAAAAGUGUUGCCCCCCUCUACAAGUCAGCUCUGAAGAUUUACAAGGGUGUGAUUUAUACAUGCAGGUGUGUGUGUGUGUGUGUGUGUGUGUGUGCGCGCGCGCGAGUAUGUUUUCAACCCCCUUGUGGCGCAAAAAAAAACAAAACAUCCUACAUGCUGCAUUUAUCACACAGCCGAGUGUUCAGCAUGUGUUAACUGCCGGCAACAGGACCAUCACUUACUCCGUCCUCUCCUCUGAAGCGGGUCCAAAGCUGCGGGUGGCGGCCCGGACAGCAGCAUGUGGUUCUCAUCUGCGUUCUCUCUACAGACCGGAUGAUAAAGCAGCUAAAUAGAACUGUCUGGAUAGGGACAGGUGCAAUUGAUUUUUUUUUUUUUUUUUUUUCUGCAGAGAACUGGAAUUCUACAGCUGUUCUUGGUCAUGCGAAUGUUAUUAUGUACAACAGAGCUUACGGAGACUCGCAGUAAUGAGGGAAUACAACCUUCAAGUCCAGAUGUUUUGGAGAAAUGGGAGAUGGGAGUCUUUUUAGAACUUAUAUUCCCAUUUGUCAAGUUGAUCUUCAAACGCAUAACUACAGUCAGAUGGGGAUUGGUUCUUUUAUUGCACAAAUCCAACAAAUAUUCUUGCCUUAGGACAUUUAAAAACUUUUUUUUUUUUUUUUUUUUUAGAAAAUGACACAAUGAAUUAUUUUAUUUGCUAUUAUUUUUUACAAAACACCUAAGUGCAAUUUCAUAGUUGAUUUUAUAGAAAAUAUUACUGUUUUCUUUUUGCCCCUGUGAUCAUCUUUUAUUGUCUAAGCAGUUGUAAAUAGUUAUAUUAUAAAAUAAACUUUGUAACUUUCA